UUGAAUUAUCUUGAAAGUGAUAUGUCCAAAAUAGACAUUUCAUAUUUCAUCGAGUAUCUAAUUACUUUUAAAAUUUAACAAUUGUUAUAGUCAAUACAUAUUGAUUUAUUUUCAUAUAAAACCAGGAUUUCUUUAUAGUGAUGGAGUCUAAUUGGAUCAAGGUAUCACCGAGUUUAAGCAACGGUCUAUCGGUCGUAAAUGCCUUAGACGAAACAAAGUUUGAACAAUUUCUCAAACGAAUUGUUAUGAAAUUAAGAGCCCAAGAAACAGAUAAUAUUUUUAGUGAAGAUGAGAAAACAAAGUUGGAAAAAAUCUUUAAAGUGGAAUCAGAUCAACUUUUUUUAUCAAUAAAAACUAUUAUCUACAUAUUCAAAAAGAUUUUCAAAUAUAUAUUUAUGCCAUCUGAUUUAAAAAUUGAUUUGACAAAGGUUGGUUUAAAAGGAGAGAAAGCAGAUAUAUUUGUGAAAAUAUGGUCAGCAGAAACAAAUAACACUCUCACUGAGUUGACUAAUAAAGGUGACCAGUUUGAUGAUGAUCCGGAUUUUUCUUGGAAAUUAAAUGCAGAAAUAAGCUCUAUUUAUCAUAAAAAAUGUAAAGUGCCGAAAGCUUACUUAACGAUAAAUGGAGUCAGGAAUGACUUGGAGGUUGAGUUAACACACCCAGAACUUCAGUCAAUAUUUCUUCAAAUCGAAUCAAUACAAAAUGAAUUAGAUAAUUUAAUACUACCAUAAAUUAGGAGGAUUAAUUGAAUAUUUUGUUAGGUAUUAUAAAUGUCUUUUAGGUAGAGUGCCUUCAAUAUUAAUAUGUAAAUGAAAAUAAACUAUCUUUCAACAGUAA